GCUGAUAGUAAUUUUUCUUUCACUUUCGAGUUGGCAGUGGUAUGUUAACGGUCGCACCUGGAUACCUGUCAGUUUAGUUUAGCUGUUUAGAUUAUCCAACUCCAACAAAUAGCUUUUUUUAUAAUUAAAUAUGGGUCUAAAAAGACGGACCGGAACCAAAAAUCCACCUAUAUUUAGUAGUGAAUUUUUAAUUCAAAAUCAUGCAGAUAUUGUCUCUUGUUUUGCUAUGUUUUUUGUGUUGGGAUUGCUAUUUCAGACAAGUGCUCCAAUUGCAUCCAUUUUUGUUGUUAUGCACCAUAAUGUAACUGAAGCUUUGGAACCUAGUGACGUUGUUCAUUAUACAUAUGGCCGUUUAGAUACAUGCGUUGUUACAUUCUACUUUUUGAUAGCUAUUGUAAUGCAUGCAAUUCUGCAGGAGUAUGCUCUAGAUGGAUUCCUCAAGAAACUUAAUAGAAAACUGCAUCUCUCAAAAGUAAAACAUAGCAAGUUUAAUGAAAGUGGCCAAUUAUUUGUUUUUUAUCUCAUAUCUUUGAUAUGGGGAGGAGAUAUAAUAAUAAGAGAAGGUUACUUAACAAAUAUCAGCAAAUUGUGGCAAGAUUAUCCUGAAGCGCACAGUCAAAUGACAUUUAUGUUCAAGUUUUAUUUUAUAAUACAACUCUCUUACUGGCUUCAUUGUUAUCCUGAAUUAUAUUUCCAGAAAAUUAAAAAGGAUGAAAUGAAGCCUAGAAUAAUCUACACUACUCUUUACUUGGUCUUUUUAACUGCCGCCUAUUGUCUAAACUUCACAAGAAUUGCUAUUUGUUUAUCUGUUCUACACUAUUUAGUAGAAUGUGUCUUCCAUAUUGCUCGACUUCUGUAUUUUGCAGAAAAAGCCAAAGCUGCCAGCUAUGGGUUUACCAUAUGGAAUGCUUUGUUUGUGCUUGUGAGAUUGGGCUCUAUUACCCUCUCAGUCCUGACUUUCUGGUAUGGCUUAGCUCAACAGGGUUCCACGAGCAUCAUUGAUCCUGCCUCUGGCAACUUCAAUACACAAGUGAUUCGCAUCAAUUGCCUCUUUGCAAUCUGCCUUCUCCAAGCAUGGAUGAUGUGGAAUUUUAUUAAUUUCCAUUUGAAGCGUAUGCGAGAAAGAGCUGCCCAGAUUGCAUCUAGCAAGAAGAAGGCUCUAGCCAAGAAGGAAAAGAAGCUUAAAAAGGAUGAAUAAAAAUGAACAGCACAGAAAAGUCAUACACAUUGCAUUGCAAAAAAACUUCUUUAUUAUGCAGAACUAUGAAAGAAAAGGAAAUGAUAAAUCAAGCAAAAAAAUGAAGAAUAUUGUGAAUUGGCAAAGCAUGUGAAAAAAUUAAAGCAACAAAAAUUUAAAAGUUUGAAUCAUCAAAAACUACUACAAAAUCUUCUGUCGAAAGUGAAGCUACUGGUUAAGAUACCUAUGAAAAUAUAGAAAAUGUGAUAAGAAUUAAGUUAUUUAAGUAUAUGAUAUGCAUAUGAGAAAAAAAAUGUUAAAAUGCAUGUUUGUAUUAAAAAUCUUUAAUUUACUAUUCAAAUGCAAAUUAUUUCUUCUAUAAAAACAAAUUUGUUAAGGAUGCUAUAUUGAAGGGAGAAAAUAUAUCCUAUCCAUAUGUACACAUAAGGUUUUGUGAAUGUGCUUCUUAACACUAGUAGCAAAUUCAAAUCGUGGUAUCAUUAUAUUGUUUGAAUUAUUAAAGGGACAAUUUGGGUAGAAUUGCAGUUAUUAUUUUCUUUUGAUCAGACAAGAUUUAUAUAAGAUUUUUUUUCUUUUUUUUUUAAAUUUACAAAUUAUAAGUAUUGUUAUAAGUUAAAGAAAUUAAACUGUACGAAAAGCAUCCCAGAUGAUACAAAUCUAAGCAACUUCAUUUGAAAGGUCAACAUCAUUCUUUCCCAAAACCGUUCUUCCAUUUUACGAUAAUGUGUAUGUUUGACCAAUUCAGCCUGAUAUAUUUUGA